CCGACACAGGUCACAGCUAACAACUGAUGCAUAAUUUAAUGAGGUGGCAAAUGUCUCUAUACAAUAGUUUGUAGUCAAAUGGAGCACUAGUUCAUUAAGUGUGUGUUUAGUUUAUGUUGUAUAAUUACUCGGCCUUCGUCAAUUCACUCCAAAAGGAAAGGCAAAGAGAAGAUGCAAACAAUGAGAGGUGAAACUAUUCUGGGAAUCAUUAUUUUGUUAUUUGUACAUUCAGUUACUGGAUGUCCAGAAAGAUGUCAAUGCAACAUUACCCUGAAAGAAGUGAACUGCACAGGCAAUGGACUGUCAGAGGUUCCAGAAGAUGUUCCACUCAACACAAAAAUUUUAUACUUGCAGAACAACCAUAUUCAUACAAUAUCAAACAGUUCAUUCACUGGUAUGUCUCAGCUGCAAAUUCUGGACUUGUCCAACAACAUGAUUUCAAGUUUGUCAUCAAAUAUAUUUGAUGAACUGCAUAACCUUCUCAACCUAAACCUUGCAAAUAACUCCAUCAACCACAUGGACAACAAAAUCCUUCAUUCAAAUGGAAACCUCAAACAACUGGAUAUAUCAUUUAACAAUCUUACGAGUCUGCCUGAGGGCUUGUUCAAGAACCUAAAGAAUUUGACCUUGCUUGCUAUGCACCAAAACCAAAUUCAUCAAAUCAGCAGGCCCCUUCUGGAUUCAUUGCCAAAUCUGCAAGUACUUUUGUUCAAGAAAAACCUGUGGAAUUGUGACUGUCAUCUGACUGGAUUAAAACUUUGGUUGGAGAGCUUCCUGUACAAAGGAGGCCAGAUUGAUGCAAUAUUGUGCACAGAACCAGAGGAUUUAAGAAGUAAGGACCUCAUGAAAAUUCCCCAUGAAUUAUUCCAGGAGUGUUCCACUGUUAAGUACAAGUCAUCCCAUGAUGACUCCAACCACAGAAGUCCCACCAUCCAAAACCUGCACCACAAAACUGAACAUGACCACAAUCCAGAUUGCAGUCGAAAGGCCAAGCAACGGUCUGGCAGUUUACGUCAUGCUAUCGCCACAAUUGUGGUGACUGGCGUUAUUUGUGGCAUUGUUUGCCUCAUGAUGCUGGUGGCAGCAAUUUAUGGCUGUUCUUAUGCAGCUGUUAUGGCUAAGUAUCAAAGGGAGCUAAAGAAACUGGAUCAUCUGGGCCCAGACGGCGAACAGGAAAAUGCUGAAGAGAAGGAACCUUUUGACGGUUCAUUGGUAUGAGCUUCCAUUUCCUGCCUCGCUUUUCAAAUAUCAAGACAAAAUGUUGGAAACAAACUAUUAGAAAUCAACAUUUCUUUUAUAAGGAAGAUGGCAUCUAACAUCCUGGACUGUUUCAAUUGGUAAAAACUUCGGACCUUGACUAGUUUGCAUAUAAAUUAUGUAUUAUGUACCAUACAUAAGUUCAGAAUGGUUUUAAUCACUGCCAGAGAUAAUGAAAAAGACAGUACAGAAGAGAGUUAGACAUAACUAUUAAACACAUCAAAGGAAUGCCAUCCAUUCCAGCUUAUUUUGCUAAAAGGAUCUUUUGUCUUUUUCUUCUGUGUAUUUACUGUAGUAUGGUUUUGCUACAUUAACAAAUCUAUAUAAAAAUAAGUCAGUGCUGUGGUUUAUUCUAGCACUCUGCUACAACUGGGAACACUUUGGUAUCCUUUGUUAAAGAUCUGUGAAGGAUACCAAUGUGUUCCCAGAUAUAAUAAGCACUUGGGUCAGCUGAGUCCAAAGCUCUCAGCCUACGUGUGUCUCUGUGGCAGGUGCAGGCCCAGUCAUCUGCUAGGCCGACUUGUUCCCACACAUGGAUAGCACCCGACCUCUUCAGACUCUGAGUCUGAUCUCUUCCUGGUUACUCUGGACUACUUUGACCCAGAAACCUUGCUUUGAUUCACCAAAGAAGGGUCCUGGCCCUUUGAGCUGGGAGAGAGUGACUGCAGUGAAAACAAUAGUUCCUUUUCGUAAUUUGUAUGAGGUUUUUGGGCUAUAAUUAUUCAUAUCUAGAAAGAUGUGAACACUAUGGCCUCAACAUAAUACAGUAAAGUAGUGGUGCUGUAGUCACAUGAAUUCCUUUGCCCUAUUUCAACAGAGAUAUAAAUUUGCUUAAUAAUAUAUAUUCUACAAAUCAUUUAAAAGUAUUAAGUUCUCAUAAGUAAUUUUAUCACAUGUAAUUUCAAAGUAUUAGUCACUGGAAACCUAAAGUUACUUCAGUAUAAACUUCUGAAAACGUUUCCAUGUUGCCAUGACCAAUAACUGUACAGCUCCAUAAAAUGAAAAUGAAUGACAAACAAAACUUCUGCAAGAAUUCUGGGUCAAUAACAUUAAAUUAAUAACAGAAAAGGUAGAUAAUACGGUAAAACUAUCAUCUAAAAGAUAUAUUCUUGAAAAGUAUUCUCUGUAAUCAGUAACAAACAUAUCUGAAAUUUCAAAUUAAAAUGUUGACAAAGUUCUACACAUCUGUUUUCGUUUUUCUCCCCAAUUACCUCAAUAUGUUUAUAAAACCAAUGUGUUCCAAGAUGUAAAAUAGACUUCAUAAACCUCUUCAUUGCUUGGUAUGUUUUAUAUGUUUUAUAUUUUUCUUAGUUUACAUUAAUGCUAUCAGUACUAAUGUUUUUCAGUAGAUUUUGCUAUGUGCCAAAAGUGGUUUCUCAGUGAAAGCAUGGUUAUGAACCAAAGUAACUGAACCAAAAGAACAUCUGCAAUGCAUGUCCAUGAGGCCCCAGAUGGCCAUUUGUAUGGGCCACAGAUGUCAUAAUGUUUGAUGAACAUAUGACUAUUUUCAAACUCUUUUAAUCUAGGAACUAUGUUCAUAAUGCCAUCCUUUCCUAAAAAAAUUUUGAAUGAAAAGUUUUCUACACAAUGUAAAGCUAUCAUUAUAUUUUAGUUCAAGCACACCAGAACACUGACAUUCACAAGCAAGUAUUUUAGCCCAAUGUGUUAAUCAUGUGCUUUAUGCCCCAUGUGAGUCUCCUCCUACUCUCCUUCAUCUCACCCCGUUAAAAUAUGCUUUGAUUCCAUUCUCGAUCUCAUACUUAUCCAUCUGUCCCUUAUGUUUACUUUCCAAAGGCAGUCCCUUGGGUUCAAAGAUGACUUGUUCCCACUUUGGUUCACUAUUGAGGCCAGUCCAGGAACCACAGACAGUGUAUGUGGUGGUUGGCGGAGCAAAAGUGUGGGUAGCUUAUGAAGUAGGGAACUUCUCAUGACUUAUGCAAGGCUUCUGUAUCCAUCCAAUACAUUGCCUUGAGGUUCUCGAAAUAUCCUGAAUGCUCCUUUUUCAUCUGUAUGGUUUUGAACCAUGGAUCCACAGGAGUCGGUAGCUAUGUUGUAAUUCCACAAGGAGCAUUUCCUUGAAACAUUUCCUUUGUUUCCCUGGUGAUCUUUUCCCUUGACCAAGUUCAGAACAGAUUGUUUAUUUUUGGACAACAAAAAACUAAACUGCUGGAGGAACUCAGAAAGCUGGUAGCAUCUGUGGAGGGAAAUGGACAGUCGCCAUUCUGGGUUGAGACCUUUCACUUGAACCAAUGUUAUUAGUUAUUCUCCCAUUUUGUUCUCCUGUUGUCAUCAAACUCAAACACAUCACCCACCAGAUGUUUUAUGCAUUAAGUUUUUUUUUCCAGGAACCUCUGACAAAUAUUAGCUCCAAAAUUGUCAGUGUAUAUUUUUUCACUGCAGGGGCUCAUUUGCAAAACAGGUUAACAAGAAGUUUAUCAUGCUUUAUUCAACAUUGUCCAAACUGUGCCACUGCUGGAACAAAUUCAUAGGUGGUGACUACCUUGUCUUCAGUCGCCAUUCUCAUUGGUGCUAUAAUCCAUGUGAGUGAUCUCUGUACUGCUUCAGAAGUUGAAAAUGGAUAUGUUAGUUUUAUGUUCAAUGCCAUUUUACUCCUCUGCGUUCUUCCAUUCCUGCCAGGCCACUGACCAGCAAAUCCCACAAACAUAUUGGAUUGGUCAGCUGUCUAUUUGCAUAUUUUGAAAUGUUGCAUUCUGAGAGCAAAAUGUAAAUUCUGCAUGGUUAAUAUUUAUUGCUGACAUGGAGUUUUAUAUGUGAAACAAAUUAAAAUCAA